UCUUCGACAAAGCAUUGGAGUCUCUCUAGCAUCCAAUGGCUCAACUCCGCUUCCUUCUGUUCCGCUUCCUUUCCUUGUUUUUAAUUGGUUGCUCUGGAUAUGUUUUUGGGGAGGAGAAGGUAGCGACAUUGCCAGGUUAUGAUGGUGACCUUCCCUUCGACAUGUACACUGGGUACAUAACCGUGAACGAGACAACUUCAAACAAUUUAUUCUAUUACUUCAUCAAAUCAGAAAGGAACGCAACAGAGGAUCCUCUCAUACUCUGGUUAACAGGAGGACCUGGCUGCUCCGGCUUUAGUGGCCUUGUCGUCGAGAUUGGUCCUUUGAGAUUUAAGGUAGAAGAGUACGACGGAAGCCUGCCAACCUUAGAGUAUCAUCCUUACUCGUUUACCAAGUUCGCCAGCGUAAUCUUCGUGGAUGCACCAACAUUCACCGGCUUUUCGUACUCAAAUUCUACUUCUGAUCACAUUACUGGGGAUUUCAAGAGUUUUGAAGAAGAUUAUGUGUUCCUAAAAAAGUGGCUUCAGCAACACCCCGAAUUCCAUUCAAACCCACUCUACAUAGCAGGAGAUUCCUAUUCUGGCUACAUUAUUCCUCCUCUGACCUACAGAAUAGCAACAGAAAUGGAGGAUGGCACAGGUGCCAUGUUCAAUCUGAAGGGCUACAUUGAAGGCAAUCCAUUGACGGACUACAAUUUUGAUGCUUCCGUAGUUCCAUUUGCCCGUGGGAUGUCACUCAUCUCGGAAAAACUAUACCAGGCAACGAAGAAGAGCUGUAAUGGGAAAUACUACCAUCCGUCAGACGAGAACUGCAUCAAAAAUAUUGACCUUAUAGAUGAGCUGAUUGCAGACAUCAACCCCGCGCAAAUACUGGAGGUCUACUGCGGCCACUUAUGGUCGCCGAAGCAGAAGCCAAGGCUCACGACCAGACGUGCAUUCUCUGAGUUUCAAUCAAUCCACCGUUUCCCAUCAAACGUUCCUCCCUUAAACUGCAGGGAGUAUGGUUACUACCUGUGCUAUAUUUGGGCAAACAAUGAGACCGUCAGAGAAGCACUUCAUGUCCGAAAGGGAACAGUGGGCGAGUGGCAAAGAUGCAGCAAAAAGUUCAUCUAUAACUACGAAUUGUUCAGCGUGAUAGAGUAUCAUCGUUCCCUCCUUUCCAAAGGCUACCAUGCCCUUUUCUAUAGUGGUGACCAUGAUUCACUCAUACCCUUCAUCGGCACUGAGAGAUGGAUCGGCUCCCUCAACUUCACGCUGGUAGAGGAAUUUCGUCCUUGGUUUGUUGAAAACCAAAUUGGAGGAUACACAAUGAAGUAUGCACCAAACGUCACAUAUGCCACGGUCAAGGGUGCCGGCCACACUGCGCCGGAGUACCGUCCCAAGGAGUGCUACCACAUGUAUGAGAGGUGGCUUUCAGGAAAAUCCCUAUAGCUAACGUCUCUUUCUCCAACUAGCAAAAGAAAUACUACUACUUUUAUUUGAAUCUUCUACUUUCAUUUGAAUAAUUUAAGUAUGCAUGUCUGUUAAUUAAUGACUAUUAUGUUCUAAGCAUCGAUAUUCUGGUGCUUUAUAAGGUUG